UCGCCGGCUCGCCAGUGUUACCUUUGGCGGCCGAACACGCGGUUGCUCGCCGUCAGUGACGUUGCCGUCGACUCUCGCGAACGCACGUCAAUAAUGUUUCGGUGAUUUCAAUCGGACUUUCGUGUAGACGAUAACCGUAUUCAGGACCCUUAUCAAAUACUGGAAUACAGUGAAAAAAAAGAUCUCAUCACACAGGAUUUGGAUUGUUUAUAAAGUUUUGUGAUUUGCGACUUUUGUGGAUUUUGAACAACAAAACAGUGCAGUGAACUACCAAAAGGAUUGCAUUUAUGUGAUAUCAUUGGAUUUUGGAGAUAAAAACUGAGUGAUUCCUCAAAGGAUUUGUGCCCCGUGACAGUGCUAACUCAAAGGGUGUCCCUUGGCCGACAGGACGGCGAACUCCACUGGCUCGGUCGGCUACGCGGGUUCCGCCAGCUUUGGGGCCGCUGUGGACAAGCACAACCCUCUGCAAGCGAAUAUAGGAUACAGGGUCAACGCCCCUAGCAGCUAUGGGUGCGCCGGCGGUUCGGGCGCGAUGAGCGGCGGGGGCGAGAACGCGCAGUUCGGCGCCACCGCCGCAAUGGUCGCCGCGGCCACCACGGCCGCGAUGCAGGACUCGCAGCCAUUCUCGCAGAUGCAAAAUAUGACUAUGGGCAACCCCCAAUAUAAUGCGAUGAACGGCUACGGUCAGCAGCGCAGCCACAACCCUGGCAUGACCGGGAUGGGCAUGGGCGGCAACGGUGGCAUGAACGGCAUCACCGGCAUGGGCCAAAUGGGUAACGCUGGCAUGAACGGCAUGAACCCUAUGGCACAAAUGGCCAAUAUGGGCAUGCACGCUAACAUGAUGUCCUCGCAAAUGGGACCUGGGCAGAUGGCCGGUUCAGCAAAGAUGGGGCCCCAGUAUCAGAGGCGGCAUACGCCAUAUCCCCAGGGGCCGAUGCUUAUGAACCAGCGCAAGCAGCAGUACAUGGGUGGUCAACCUACAUUUGGGCCUGGACAAUACCCCGCGGGAUAUGGAGGCCGGCCGGGCUUCCAAGGCCAAUAUCCUCCUCAACAGCCCCUGGGACCGAGUGGGAAUUUUGCAGCAGGAAUGAGAGGAGGCAUGAGGCAGACUACGCCGCCUUACUCUAACCAAGGGCAAUAUUUUAACGGUGGCGUUCCUAACCAAUUUCCGCAACAUCAGGGUGGCAACAGCCAGUAUGGUCAAUACACCGGUCAGUUUGCGCAGGAAGUUGCGAUGAGAACUAACAUGAGCUAUCAGCACAGUCCUGUCCCCGGGAACCCCACGCCUCCGUUAACGCCGGCCAGCAGUAUGCCGCCAUACAUAAGUCCGAACUCGGCUGGUGAAGGAAAGCCCCACUUUAACGAGCUCAAACAACCUAUUGGCAUGCAAAAUGACGAGCUCCGGUUAACAUUCCCUGUAAGAGAUGGUAUUAUAUUACCACCAUUUAGAUUAGAACAUAAUUUAGCAGUUAGCAAUCAUGUAUUCCAAUUAAAAGCCACGGUCCAUUCGACGUUAAUAUGGAGAUCGGAUCUUGAGCUACAACUAAAAUGCUUCCACCACGAAGAUAGGCAGAUGAACACGAACUGGCCGGCGAGUGUUCAAGUCUCGGUCAACGCAACGCCUUUAGUUAUAGAUAGAGGAGAGAACAAAACAUCACACAAACCGCUGUACCUGAAAGAAGUUUGCCAGCCUGGCAGAAACACCAUACAGAUAACCGUGUCCGCCUGCUGUUGUUCGCAUCUGUUCGUAUUACAAUUAGUCCACCGGCCGAGUGUCAGGAGUGUUCUGCAAGGUCUACUACGGAAACGGUUGCUGACUGCCGACCACUGCAUCGCUAAAAUCAAGAUGAACUUCAACCAAUCGCCAGCAAAUGGCAAUAACGUCUCCAACAAUCCUAACGACAGGGACAGCGUAGAACAAACGGCUUUAAAAGUCUCGCUAAAAUGCCCAAUCACGUUCAAGAAAAUUACGCUGCCUGCGCGAGGACAUGAAUGUAAACAUAUACAGUGUUUCGACCUGGAAUCUUAUCUACAACUCAACUGUGAAAGAGGGUCGUGGAGAUGUCCUGUUUGCAAUAAACCAGCGCAAUUAGAAGGUCUGGAGGUUGACCAGUACAUGUGGGGAAUCCUGAAUACUGCAAACAAUUCAGACGUUGAUGAGGUCACCAUUGAUGCUGGAGCAAAUUGGAAGCCAGCGAAAAAUCCUGCUAAUGCUGGAAUAAAGGAUGAAGAUAGCAAUGACAACAGCGUCGGCAAGCGAGGCAAAGCGGUGUCGCCGGGUUCAAUGAACAUGCCCACAAUGAACAACUGGGACCAAGCAUUAUCGCCGUACCUACCUCCAGACAUGAACACGAUCGCUAGCGGCUCUAUGAUCUCCUCCUACAACCAGAGCACGCAGAACCGGAAUGCCAACGGCAAUCCGAAUUACGACUUCGGCAUGAGCAAUGGCCCUGGAAGUAACGAGUUUGCUGGCAACGGUCCGCUCUCGCAUUUGAACGAUAGCGUGAAUUCGCUGGAUCCUUUGAAUGCGAUGGAAAAAAGUUUGAAUGAUCAGAUGCCGCACACGCCACACACGCCACAUACGCCGGGCUCAGCACACACGCCGGGCGGCGGCGGCGGAGCGCACACGCCUGGCUCCUCACACACGCCGGGCCCGCCCUCCGUUGGCCACCACUCCCUCACCGACGUGGACAUACCGUCGGACCUAAACUUCGACCCCGCGGCGGUCAUCGACGGCGAGGGCACUGAAAAUCUCAAUCUAUUGCCGGAGACGAGCGUGGACCCGAUGGAGCUGCUGUCGUACCUGGACGCGCCGGCGCUCGGCGAGCUGCUCGCCACGCCGCCGUCCUCGUCGUCCUCCGCCGGCUCGCACCCUCCCCGCGUGCCUUCCUCCGACGACCUCCUGGCACUCUUCGAGUAAACACAAGACACUAGAACGCACCGAGCACAAAUACUGAUCUAACGGGAGCACUGGGGAAUAAACGCUUACGUUCUUUGCUAAAAAGGCAGAUAGAGCGCCAUUUUAGCGAGGGAUGUCUGUGAAUGUUGAUUGUUACCUGUAACGCGAAGGAAAAUGCAAUUGGACUGUAACCUCGCUAGAUCCUACCAUGGUAAACAAUUUAAUUGUGACACCAUAAGAUACCGAAUUCGAUGACAUGAGUUGUUGAAAUUGGGUGUCGAGUGUAGGUGACUUAUCCUAAUGUAGCAAUUGUGUUUUCCACCAGAAAUUGUAUACUACUAGAAUAAGUAAGUGCAGCUCGUUAAAACAGGACUAGUGUUUGGUGGUAGCCUAGUGUGGCGUUGUUUCUACUCGCAUUCAAGCCAGCGAAGCCCGACAUUGUGAUACUAGAUUUUAGUCCUUUCUCCAUUCGUGAAAAUGUUGUAUGUCGCAAAACGUUUAGUCAAUUUGCUCAUCGCAUUGCGAAGAUUGCGAGACUAUUUAGGAAUUAAUUUAGUUUCUACUAGGUAUGCGAUAAUAUUUGAUGAACGGCAUAUUGGAAGCGUUGACUGGAGUUGCAAUAUCCAACAUAAUCACCACGGUAGCAUCGGUUGUUGAAACAAUGAUGCUGGAGAUCGUUUAGUACGUAGGUAAAGUAUGUGAGGCGAGGCGUGGCCAUAGACACUUCGGUGUUUGAAUGUAUUAUAGUUCCUCGCACCGCCGCACAAUCGGUGGCGCAUUUGAGCUCCUUAUAUUCUAAACUCUAGCAUAAACUGUAACACAAAUUUUCAUUAAUACUUAAUUCAACUUAUUCGAUGCGACAUACAUACAUAAUUGUAAUCGUAAGUUUACAAUUUGUGACCAUAAUUUAUGGAUAGUUGAGGGUGUAAAUAGGAGAGUUACGUGCUAGCUGUUUUGGUCUGGGGGGCAUGUACAUAUAGCGUUAGUUCACUCCGCUGAGAGGCAUUCUGAAUCUUAUAGUUCCUAUCGGAUGCGGGCGAACUAUAACGUUCAAUUGCCAUUUACUGUAAAGUAUUUGAAGUUUUUCGCAUAUUCUGCAUUUUUUAAACGAUAAGAUAAUAUGAUAGGAUUCGUGAGUAUAGUGCUACUCGCUUCUUGGGUGAUAUAUGAGUUGUUUGAAUCAACAAAUAAAUGGUAACAAAUUAGUUACAAAACUAUAUUGUAAAUGUGAGUGCAAAAAUGAACUCUGUUAAAUUAUUUUGCGUUAUGUGAAUCGAAGAAUGAUAGAAAUAUAUUUUAAUUUCUAUAUAAAUUGAACUGUAUUAUUUGUAAAUAUGACUAGUUAAGAAUAUUAUAUUAUCUAGUUAUACUUAGAACAUGGCAGAUACUUAUAUGACGGCCAGUUUAGUAUAGUAUUACUAAAUUUUAAAAAUCUACACAUGGUUUUACAUGUACAUACGAAAUACCAUAUGUAUAAAAAUUAACGAGCGUUCAGAGUGCAAAUUACUACACGUGCCUUCAGUGUGACACCCCAAGGCAUCCUCGCACCGACUCGACACCGUGCUGUGCUCUGACACGCGCCCACACACAGUAUGCUAACACCUCCCGACAUGGCAUCCCCGCCAACACCUUAGUCAAUGUUCAGAUCUGUGCUCAUCUAAGUUUUAUGCAACCCCCCUUGACGACUUCAACUUAGCAAUAUACUUGUAUCUAAAUAGAGAAGCAAUAAAGAAUUUUAAUGACAUUCUAAAUGGUGUUGUCAAAUAGUAUAGUUUUAUUAUAUAGAAAGUUGUAUUGAAUGAUAAAAUUGAGAUGAGCAUGGUUGACAAGAUCGUGUUUCACAUAUUUUCAAAUGUUUAGUUGUGCUUGGGCGCAGUCGCGGCCUGGGCCUCAAUCAACGCGAAAUUUCUAAAUGGAAUUAAGUUCCCAUAAAAUAUUCAAGUACUCCAUAAUUAAUUUAGAUGUCAAUUUUCAGAGAUAACUUACUAUUAGUAAAUUUUGAUGAGACAGUUAAUAAAUAUCUUAAGAGUUUAUAUGUAAAUCUGUCAAUCCUUUCACUAACUUGUGUAAAAAUUGGUGAUUUGCGCAUCUUUACUUCAUGCUAUGAAUAUGGACGCCUCUUAGAGUUAGUCAUCUAUUACGAAAAACAAUAAAAUUAGUGUUAUAUACCUACACAGCCGUGGUCAACUACUCACACACACACACACAGAGAAGCUCUUUUAAACUUAAUUGUAACAUGAAAUCUUAAUAAUAAUUGAUGAGAGCAAACAUUUGAUGGUCAUGUUGUAUGGCUAGUUGAUCACCGCUUUGAGAAUUAAUGCAUACUUUUAAGGGACCUUCAAUUCCAGUUAGCUAGUUCUAUUUAUUGUAGUGAAUACUGCGGUUGGGUGGAUCAUCACAAGGAUUUUUGUGAGACCAAAUAGCACUUUUUUACACAUUUACCUAUUUUAGGUGAUCAAAUAACGAAUUUCUUUGUAUAAAAUGGAAAAUAUCACAAAAAAUGUAUAGCAUAUCACAUUUAAAGAGGCAAGAAACCGGUUGAGUGAUCCACCCUAGCAAGUGAACUAUUACAAUAUAUUUUGUUGAAUAUUAUAAUGAACAGCUGUGGAGUAGUAGAUUUUGUGCUCUUGUACAAAUGUAAGAUGCAACAUUUGGAAAUAAGUGAAAGAAGAUUUCUAAAUAAGGUAUUAUGCAACCCAUGACUCUUAAGUUCAUGCAAAGCCAAACUGUACUGUAGUUAAUACAUUUUGAAUUUAAUGUGAACAUUUUAGGAAUCAGAUCGAACCCACUGAAAUUCAUUUUGAAAUGUGUAAAAUGAAAAACAUAACAUUUUUAUGUUAUUGAAAAUAAAAUGAAUCUAAAAAUUA